AGUGGAAUAUGGUGAGCGCUGAAGAGCAGCAGCGUGUGCAGAGAAUCCAGCGUAAUGACGGGGAGUUCUGGAUGUCUCUGGCAGAUUUCUGCCAGAACUUUGACAUGCUAGAGGUUUGUCACCUGAGCGAAGACACGCUGAGUGAGAGCGGAGACAAAAAGCCCUGGAAUUGCACUUUGCAUCACGGAUGCUGGAUUCCUCAGCAAGGGUCUCCUCAGUACAGUCUGACCCUGCUGGAGGAGGACGACGACCCCAGUGACCCUGAACUAACGUGCUCAUUCCUGCUGGCGCUCAUGCAGAAACACACUCGUAAGAGAGGAGUGCAGUCCGAGGUCACGCUGCAAAUAUACAAG